AGAUAGAUAUGAUACUGUUGGUGAGAUAAAUUGAAAUAGAGGUUAAAUGAAAAUAAAGACUUAAAUAGUAGUGGGUUUGAAAGGUAAGAGAGGAAAAUAAGAAUCAAUGGAGAAAUGAUUGAAAAGAUAUAAAAAAUUAGAUGAUUAAUAAAAAUAGAUAUAAAUAAUUGUAAUUUGAUAGUGAGUAAAGUAGAUGAAGAAAGAAGAGAUGGAUAGUGUUUUAGUUGUGGAGAGAUAUAAAAUAUAAUAUAAAAUAAUAAUAUAUGGAUAUUUCUAGAAUAAUUGUUAUUUGGGUAAUUAAGGAGAUUGAA